AAGGGGGAAGGCGAUGAUCUUCUACAGAGGGCUCGAAGGGGCGCAAUCGCAGCACGAUGGGGUGUCGCAUGUCUCUCUUCCUCCUCCAUUUCGCCGUCGCUGCGGUUGCGUGUGUCUCUGCCGUGGUGUUUUCUUUCAUUGCGCUUGGCGAGUGCGGAGGUGGUAAAGGAAACGCUUCUGCUGCGUCAAUUUCUCAGCGAAAGUUGUUUGCGUCUUGUGCUAACAGAAGGGGAACGAUUCGCUCUUGCAACAUUUGGAUCGGCGACGGUGAUGGGUCAGUACGAUCUUAUUGCAAAUCUUGGGUCCAUCAUGGCCCGCCUUGUUUUUCGCGUGUGGGAGAACGCCUGCUUUGUGAAGUGGAGCCGUGACGCUGCGGGGGGUAAGCCGGAGGAGGCCAUCAACCUUCUUUUUACCAUGCUGCGGGUUGCAUCGUAUUUUGGUGCGGCAGUUGUGCUGUUGGCGCCACCAGUUGCGGAGGGGUUUCUUCUGAGACUGUUUUCCAGCCGUUGGGCCUCCCCGGUGAUGGUGCAGGCGCUGCAGUUGUACUGUUACUUGUUGCCGCUCCUGGCAUGGUUUGGACUGCUGGACGCAUUUGUGCGUGCGACGGCAUCGGCAUCCAUGCUGCAGCUUACGCAGCGUGUGAUGUUGGCUCAGGCUGCGGUGUAUGGUGUUGCAUGUUACGUGGUGCUGCACCUGCGCUGGUUGGUUGUUGAACCGGUGCCGGGCCUAAUCGUAGUGAAUAUCAUUAGUAUGGCGCUGCGCUGCGUGACAUGUGUCUGCCUGCUGCUUGCGGGGCCCGCCAUGACGACACCGCGGAAGGGUCACGAUUCUUCUCAGCCACUUUUGCGGCUGGGCGCAUUUAAGGCCGUUUUCAACCGACGGAUUGUGCUGGCGUGGGCGGCUCUCUUCGUGUGCACCCGGUGCACCCCAUGGGGGUCUCUCUCCGCGUUUACUGCGGCCCCUCUCUUUGCGUGGGCCGUUGUGAAGUGGGACACAGAGCUCCGCCAAGUGGCAUGGAACGCACUGCGUCGCUGA